AUGCAAAUGGGCGGAAUGGCCAAGGCUAGAUCCCUUUUGACAAUGAGUGGGAGGGUGGUGAACGAAGCAGUGAGCUUUGUUGCUUUCUGUGUGCUUGACCUUGUUGAUUUUCUCUUGUGUUUUGUUUUCAAAGCUGUGGACUUGUGGAUCGAGGCAGAGUUUAGACCCUGUUAUUGCUCUUCCACCAAGGAAGCAAUCACGAGCAGUGGAAAGAUCUUGGUUUCCGAACAAGGUGGGGAAUCCAAGAUCGUUUCUCUCAGCUCAACCAAGCUUCAGUUAGAGGAUAUCUCUGACACCCUUUACUCUCGACCCUCUUUGGUCUCUGAAGUUUCGAGACAAACUCUCAACGAGCUCAAGAGGUUCAAGUUGGAGGAUCCCGUUUUACAGUCCAAAAGAGGAAACUCACGUUGUUCUACAUUCACUGUAAACAAAACCAUCGUGGAAAUGCUCCAGGGAAAAAUUGGAAGACACCAACCUCACCAAAUUCCUAGAUGGUCUGACUGUGAUUGCAAACUAUGCACAAGUUGGAUCUCUUCUUCUACAUCCUCUCCUAACAAUAACACUAAUGCCAAAGCUACCCUCUUUGUGAAGUCCCAAUGCCCCACCACAGAUGAAGUAAAAGAAGACGUGGUGUUCAUACACGGAUUCAUUUCAUCGUCAUUAUUUUGGAGUGAGACAGUUUUUCCAAACUUCUCAAGCAGUACAAAGUCAAGCUACAGGUUAUUUGCCGUUGAUCUGCUUGGGUUUGGGAGGAGUCCAAAGCCAAAAGAAUCUAUGUACACAUUAAGAGAGCAUUUAGUGAUGAUAGAGAGAUCAGUGUUGGAGGCUCAUAAGGUGAAGUCCUUCCACAUUGUGGCCCAUUCAUUGGGUUGCAUUUUGGCACUUGCCCUCGCGGUCAAACACCCUCAAUCCGUCAAGUCACUCACUUUGCUUGCCCCACCAUUCUACCCUGUGCCAAAGGGUGAAGCGCAGCCUACACAGUAUGUGAUGAGAAAGGUUGCUCCGAGGCGCGUUUGGCCACCCAUGGCGUUUGGAGCGUCCUUGGCGUGCUGGUAUGAACACAUAACACGAGUAAUUUGUUUGGUCAUCUGCAAAAACCACCGUGUCUGGGAAUUUCUUACCAAACUCAUAACCCGCAACAGGGUGAGGACCUUCUUGCUGGAAGGAUUCUUCUGUCACACCCACAAUGCAGCAUGGCAUACCCUACACAACAUCAUAUGCGGAACUGCAGCAAAAAUUGGAUCCUAUUUGGAUGCAGUGAGAGAAAACCAAAACUGUAAAGUGACCAUAUUUCAUGGCAGAAACGAUGAGGUGAUUCCAGUAGAAUGCAGCUAUGAGGUUCAGAAGCGAAUUCCUCGUGCCCAAGUUAAAGUUAUUGAUAACAAAGAUCACAUAACUAUUGUUGUUGGAAGACAGAAAGCCUUUGCAAGAGAGCUUGAAGAGAUUUGGAACAGCACCAACCACAAGUAG